CGCAAUACCUCGACGAUACCGUGCGAAUCAGCAGCGCAAGCAUUCCUCCUCGAUCAGUUGCACGUAGUCCGGAGCCGUUACUUUUCGAAGCUGGAGAUAAAGUCAGGGUCUUAGCCGGGUCACGGCACGGCACUCGGAGUUGCAGAGAGGUCCCAAGCAGCGGCCUGGAAAAUCGCGGUUCUUGCAUCACUCCAGUCCGUAGUCUGGGGUCAUCCCACAGUGAAACGCCUAGUAUGUCCACUGAUGUUGCCAUUUUAGGAAGGAACUUGACGGCGGGCGCUCGCUCGCCCGUAAAGUCGGUGAUGUCUGCCACAGAGCUACCGGCUGUCUCCGAUGAUGGGCAAAGCGUUCGAGACUUCCGGGUCACAGGAGUGCCAAUCGAGAUUCAUUCAGCAUGUCCCAGAGUCAAGCCGCAUUGUCUCCUGAGCAGAUGAUUGGUUGAACCUUCGAAGACUGCGAAGUGAUAACUAA